AUGUCCAAGUCGUCAUCCCAGAACGUGUUGCCAGAGGGGGCGGGAGCAGGGGCAAUCGCGAUUAGAGUCGGAGUGGACGGAGCAGCUGCCGAAGCAGCCUCUCAUGUGGCGCGGCAGGAGCAACUUCAUAACGGGAGCGCCUGCGAGACAUCUUUUGAGGGCGACACGUUCUUCUCCUCCACCGCAUUGAAGAAG